AUGCGUUUCAACUAUAUAACUAUCCCCGCCGCCCUCUUCGUCCUGAACUGGGGCGCCACCGCCCUCGCCGCCCCCGUCGUCGACUUCACCGCUGUCCCGCAAAACAACACCAAUAACCAACCCGCCAAACGUGCACCGCUCCCGCCCACUCGUUUCCCCGGAAGCGCAGAAGAAGACUUCAAGAAAUUCCGCCGCGCGUUCGAUUCUAGUCUUACCGGCGCCAUGCAGCCCGAUUCCGCCGACAACAGCGACGAUCACUCCACCUACGACUAUGAGGAGCGAUCGAGGAUCGUUCCUCCCUCUAUGCCUUUCAUCGGCUCGGACUCUACGAUCCCCGUUCGUAGGAGCAAGGUCCUCCCUCCUGCUGCUCCGUUCGUUGGUUCGGACCCCACGGUUCCUGUUCGUAAGAACAAGAUCCCGCCCUCCGCCCCCUUCGUCGGUUCAGACCCUACCAUCCCCGGCCGUCGUCGCCAAUCCGACAACACUCCUCCCGCUCCCUCUCUCCCCGUUCCUAAUGCCCUCGCCACCCCUCAAUCCCAAGGUGAAGGCCACCAAGGCAUGAACAUGCAACCUCCCGCCCCCGCCGCUGAUGCCGUUCGUCGCUUCUUCCCCUCUGCCCCAUCUUCCCCGUCGAUGUCCACACCCGACUCUGUCAGACGCGCUCAGCCCUCGCCUGCACCUACGACCCCCGUCGGUCCCAGCCCCGAGGCUGACGUCCCCGAGGAUCUUAAGAGUAAGGAUGGCAAGCAGAUGAAGAUGAAGAGGUUCAUCAAGAAUGCGGAUUAUCAGAACCAGAAUGGGGGGUCGACGCCGCCUGCGGCGAGUGAGGCGCAGUCUGAGCCUCAGCCUCAGCCCCAGGGUCAGCCUCAGCCCCAGGGUCAGUCUCAGCCAGAGGGAGGUGCGAAGGCUUAG